AGAAAGGAAGAGACAUUUUUGUAAAAUUUCCCUCUAUCCGUGAAUGAAGAAAGCUCUACCAGUUAGCUCGCGGCCCAAAAGGCUGCCAUUUACAUUUUGAUCCAGCCCAAGUGACAAUCAACACAGACGGGGUCCAACACGAAUUCAUUUCAGCUUUUCAUUCUUCCAGUGACAGCGAGCGAGGAAGGGGGAAGAAGUUAGAAGGAAUAAAUCAAGAUUUUCCAAUGGCUACAGUUCCAGAAGCCAUGUCGGAGGCAAAGCCAACGGUUUCACUCCCUGAGCAGCCCGCAACCUACAAUACCCGAAUUCUAGGGCAGUCCGCUAAGCCAUGGGUGGACUAUGCAAUUGAGCAAGGUCGGCUUUACCAGAAGACCGUAGAGGAGACCUUCGAUUCCGCCGUUGAAGCAUCCAGGUCUCGCCUUUCCCAGAUUCUAUCCACUUCUUCUGCUCAUUUUUAUCAAACUCUGGACUCUUUACAAGAUGUUAAAUCCGAGUGUGGUGCUUACGAGAAUAUUAUAUUCGGGAAGAUUAAAGAGGGUGUUAUCGUUUCAGCCUCAAAUCCACUUCUUACAGGCGGAGUUGCUACUGGUUUGGGUGUUCUUGUACUGAAAAAACCACGGCGCGUUUUGUACCACAAGGCCCUGCGCUUGUUUCUCAGUGAAGAGACCUUAAUUACCAGGGCUGAAGGAAAAGUAAGGGCACUGCGACAAUCACUGGAUGUUAUAAAGACGGAAAGUGAGAAGUUGGAGAAGGGAGCAAAACAAGCAGAAGAGGAAUUGAAACGAGGAAGGACAAAGCUUAGACAGGCGGGGAAGCAAAUCCAAGGCGUGAUUAGUUCAGCUUAUAAGAUUGAAAGACAGGCUGGUGGCUUGAAGGAUAUGCUUAGUGAACUUCCUAGAAGAGAAGCAUCUCAAUUCCGGUCACAAGUUUCGAAUCUUGCUUCUGAGGCUAAACGAGAAAGAAACGCUUUGACGAAGGAGGUCACAAAGAUUAGCAACUAUGGGAUCUCAGUCUGAGAAUGUUUUAGUUUUCAGCCCUUUGAACAUUGGAGUCUUAUGACCAUAAUGGUUCAUUUUAAUAUUUUAUUCCAGAAAUAAUUGCCGUGAAAAAAUUCUCCAUUUUUUGUGUAAGAGAAGGCGUUUUUGCUUUGGAAGGAAAAAUGUUUAUUUUCCUUGAAAAUAUAACUGUAUUCAAUACAAGUUUGCAGGUUAUCUCAAAAAAAAAAAAAAAAUACAAGUUUGCAGGA